GGUUUCUUCAGCAAAGACAAGUAGAUACUCUCUAUGGGACCUACUAUCAGGCCAAGUAGAUUGUUAAGUGCCUCUAGGCAUGUAGUCAAAUUUUAUUGUACAAAUAGUGAGCCGCAUAAGCCGGUUUUAUUAGACAAAGCGAUUGAAUUUCUAGAACCAAAGCCUGGAAAGGUAUUCAUUGACAUGACUUUUGGAGCUGGUGGGCAUUCAAAGCAACUAUUGAGAGCUGGAAAAGGCAUUAAAGUUUUCGCGCUGGACCGAGACCCUGUAGCCCAUGAAUAUGCACAGAAAUUAAGCGAUGAGUUUCCUGGUCGAAUUAUUCCUCUUUUGGGCAGAUUUUCCGAACUACCGCAACUAUUGAAAGAACAAAACGUAAAAAAAGAUACAAUUGAUGGUAUCCUUUUUGAUUUUGGAUGCUCUUCAAUGCAAUUCGACGAGCCUGAUAGAGGCUUCUCUGUGUCCCAUAAUGGACCUUUAGACAUGCGAAUGGACAAAGGGCGUUGUAAGGACCAAGUUACAGCAGCUGACGUUCUUGCUAGAGCUGAGGAGCACGAAUUGAUUAGAAUUCUGCGAAUUUACGGCGAAGAAAAACAGGCAAAGAAAAUCGCAAGAGCUAUUGUGGAUGCACGUGCAGCUCUCCAUAAGAUUGAAACAACACAACAGCUGGCCAAUUUAGUUGCAUCCUGCUUAUCAGAUACUCAAAGAGUCGAUAAACUACAACGUCCCGCCCAUUCAGCCACUAAAACAUUCCAGGCUCUACGAAUAUUCGUCAACAAUGAACUGAACGAGAUUAACUAUGGAAUGACACUGGCGCAUCGAUAUCUCAAACGGAAAGGUCGUUUAGUUACAAUUACUUUUCACUCAUUAGAGGAUACAAUAGUCAAGCGUCAUAUCAAUGGAAAUGUGAUUGAAGGCUUAGCGAAUCCAGUUCCGCUGAAAUAUUCAAGCCACGAUCUAUCAUAUGAUAGUGACUUAGUUGAAUCACUCAUGGAUUCGCCGUGGAAACAAUUGAACAAGCAUGUAAUCACCCCCGAGGAAGGCGAAAUAGCGAUAAAUCCGAGAAGUAGAUCAGCGAAACUAAGAGCUGCCGUGAAAGUGAAGUAGCUUUAAGGCUUAGGUAAUGAAUUUAUCCGUUGAAAAGUGUACAAUAAAAUUUUCUUUUAUCAUACA